CUUUACCGGACCAAGGAUGCUGUAGUCUCCAGAAACAAAAGACUUGAAGGUUUUCAAAACGCUGCUCGAAACCAUCACGAAAAAGCGUUGCUUUUGUUUAGUCAAGCCGUUCUCCGAUCACCCGCAACAGGAAAUAUAUAUAAGAGAGAUGACCAUGAUUUUGUUAGCAACAUUUUCACACUUUGCGACGGAUCGUCUUCGAGUCAACAACAUACUUUUUUUCGCUUUCAACAACCAUGGCUCAUACCAACGGUAUCGAUGUUGAAAGACUGUUGCGCGAACAAGUAGCUUCUAUAAAGUCGGUGGAAGAGUAUAAUUAUUGGGAAAAACAAUGUCUUGAAUUUAUUGAAUCGUUGGAAGAGCAAGUUUCGCCGAAUAAACGCCCUCGAUUGAGCACAGGACAUCAACACUCUGUAACUGCGAGAAUAAUACGUUUGCAAGGGUUACUGGAAGUCACACGUUCACGGUUUCAACAUACCGGCGCAGGACUAAACGAUCGAGGAUUAGUCUGGAAAGAAAUUAAUUCAGCGUUCGUGAAUCGCAUAGUGACUGGCGCCGUGAUCAAUCGAAAUUACAUAGUACCACGCCAGUUCUUGAAGGAUGCAUACGAUUUGGUUGAAAAGCGAGUGAAGGAUUGUAUAGUAAAAUUUAAUAGUGUUAAAGUUAAUACAGAGUUCAAUGCCGAGUUUGCUACGGGUGAUCAGCGUACUCAUAAAAGUAUCAAUACGGCUAAUGUGGAACUUUUUCAAACGUCGGAUUUAAAAGAGUGGUAUGAAGAGCGAGUGAUUGAGCCCACUUUGGCAUCACUUGACGAGUUUCAAGAAUGUGAUAGUGGAUGGACAUUGGUUUCAAUCACCAAUCUCACGGUAAAUAUCAAUAAAUAUAAUCCGAUGCGUGCGGGGUGCCACAUUCGAUUGCCGCGAGAAAUAAUGUUGAAAAAAGCCGUUGUCAACGUUAAAUCAAAUGACAACGCAUGUUUCGCUUGGGCUGUGGUUGCCGCUCUCCACCCAGCUGAACUAAAUGUUAAUCGUCAAAGUUCGUAUCCGCACUACUCGACGAUUCUGAAUCUUCAGAACAUUGACUUUCCGAUGACGCUGAAUCAAAUUAAAAAAUUUGAGCAAUUGAACGAUGUCUCGAUAAAUGUGUAUGGUAUAACGAAAAGUGGUAUUGCACCUCUUUACAUUACUAAGCGCAAAAGAGGAAGACACGUCAAUUUGUUGUACAUUGAAAACGAGGAAGGGGACAGAAUUGGCCACUUUACACUGAUUAAAGAUCUAUCCCGCUUAGUGAGCAGCCAACUGAGCAGCAAGAACCACAAAAAAUAUAUUUGUGCCCGGUGUUUGCAGUAUUUUUCAAUGGAGAGCAAGCUACGAGCUCAUGAGUUGGAUUGUGGCAAGAUGAAUGAUUGUGCCAUACGAUUACCAGCGGAAAACGAUAAAUGGUUGGAAUUCACAAACCAUAAUCGGAAGGAGCGCCUACCAUUCAUCGUCUAUGCUGACCUGGAGUGCGUAUUAGAGAAGACGGGUGAGAGAGAAAGAGAAAAGAAUAGGCAGCACCAUCAUAAAGUUUUCAGCAUAGGAUUUUACGUUAGCUGUUCAUACGAUUCAUCCUUAUCGGGAUAUUAUUCACGUCGUAGUGAAGAUUGUAUUGGAUGGUUUGUGGAACAGUUGAAAGAAUUGGCACUCCGCGUAGAAAAAAUUUUACUAAAAAAUGUGCCGAUGAAGGAAUUAUCGCCAGCUGAAUGGAAAAAAUUUCGAGAGGACGUAAAUUGUCACAUUUGUGAGAAACCCUUUGUCGAGAAAGAACAACGUGUACGCGAUCAUUGCCAUCUAACGGGGCAGUUUCGAGGUCCGGCUCAUGGCAAUUGCAAUUUAAAUUACAAAAAUUCAUUUUUCAUUCCGAUUGUUUUUCACAAUCUAUCGGGCUACGACGCGCAUUUCAUAAUAAAGGAGGUGGCCACAGCGUUUGAGGGGAAAAUCGAUUUACUCCCUUUAACAAAAGAAAAAUACAUUUCUUUUUCAAAAACAGUUAAAUCAUCGUCACAUGACUAUAGAAAAGAGAUAAGACUCCGUUUUAUUGAUUCAUUCAAAUUUAUGAGUUCAAGUCUUGAUAAAUUAGCAUCGCUCCUGUUGAUUGACCAACUUAAAGUUUUAAAAUCACAAUUUUCAAAUAUUUCACACGAUGAUUUCACUCUUUUGACGAGAAAAGGAGUCUUCCCGUAUGAAUAUAUCGACUCUUUUGAAAAAUUAAAUGAUACAGAGCUUCCACCUCGGGACGCUUUUUACAGUUCUUUAGCAGACACAACAAUUUCUGAAAGUGAAUAUCAACAUGCACAAACAGUUUGGGAGCGAUUUUCAAUUCAAACGCUGGGGGAAUAUAGCGAUCUUUAUUUGAAAACGGAUGUCCUUUUACUGGCAGAUAUUUUUGAAAAUUUCCGAGUUAGUUCAACAAAGUUAUGGGCUUGACCCAGC